UUAAAAUGCACAAAAAAAAACUAAACAUUGUUUUUACUGAAGAUAUUUUAUUUUAAAGAAACCUUUUAAAACCGAACAACUUAAACUACUACGUUUAAACUCAACAUAACUUUUGAGGAAAAAAGAUAAAAUAAAACUAAAAAAAAACAAAACAAAACAAAAAACAUUAAUCCUCUGACCACAGAUCUGAACGCGCAUGGCCCCACUAUCACUGCCCCUCGCCUUGAGGGCGUGGCUUAUCCUAAAGUAGGCGGGGUUGUGUUCUCGCGUGUUGCUUCGUGCCUCCUCCUCCUCUCUCUCCUCGGCUGCAUGAGAUGAGCCGCCCUGCAGCCUGAUCUGACAGUGUUUCCUCCUCCUCCUCCUGUUGCUGCUCUUGUCUGUCUGUCCCGCUGUGACAAUGUUGACCAGCGUGGCCUGAGCGCGCGCGCUGCGGACUGUCUCUGCCCGGAGGAUCGGAGCCUUUCCUGAACCCAGAGGUUGUGCUAGGUCCUUUCUGCACUGAAGCCGAUCCAACCUGAGAACGUUCCUGAGGGAUCCCAAAAACGCAAACCAUGGCUGUAGCUGGUUGUCCGGAUUAUUUUCUACACCAUCCAAACUAUCAGCAGGACAACAUAGACUGCUCCUCCAAUCACAGACAGCCUGACCUUAUUCAUCCAAGCUUCCAGCCACCAACCAGUCAAAGUUCUCCGAACCAUCAAGAUUGUAAAGAUCUUCAGUGAAGACGGUGCCGGUAAAGUCGUGGAGAUCCCGGCCGACAUGACGGCCAGGGACCUGUGCCAGCUCCUGGUUUAUAAAAGCCAUUGUGUGGAUGACAACAGUUGGGUGCUUGUUGAACACCACCCGCUCUUAGGACUAGAGCGUUGCCUAGAGGACCAUGAGUUGGUGGUUCAGGUGCAGGCCUCCAUGAACAGCGACAGUAGAUUUCUCUUCAGGAAGAACUAUGCCAAAUAUGAAUUCUUCAGAAACCCUCUGACGUUUUUCCCGGAGCACAUGGUUGCGUGGUGCCAGGAAACCAAUCACACAAUUCCACCCUCUCAGCUCCUCCAGAACUUUCUUUCAACCAGCAGCUGUCCAGAAAUCCAGGGUUACUUGUACAUGAAGGAUGUGGGGCGGAAGUCGUGGAAGAAAGUUUACAUGUUCCUGCGUCGCUCAGGGUUAUACUGCUCAACAAAAGGGACCUCAAAGGAGCCCAGACAUUUACAGUUACUAGCAGACCUGGAGGACAGCAACAUCUUUUCUGUCAUCGCAGGCAAAAAGCAUCACAGUGCGCCCACAGACUACGAGUUCUGUAUCAAGCCCAAUAAAUGCCGGGGGGAAAUGAAGGAGCUGAGGAUGUUGUGUGCAGAGGAUGAGCAGAGUCGAACCUGUUGGAUGACUGCUUUCAGAGUCUUUAAGUAUGGGAUUGUGUUAUACCAGAACUAUAAGGUCCCUCAACAAAGAAAAACCCUACUCUCUCACUUUUCAACUCCUGUGAGGAGUGUAUCUGAAAACUCCCUUGUGGCGAUGGAUUUCUCCGGGAGGAUAGGCAGGGUGAUCGACAACCCGGUGGAAGCUCAGAGCGCUGCCAUGGAGGAGGGACUCGUGUGGCGGAAGAGAACAAGAGUGAACUUGUUAGGUUCACACAGUCCCUUACACCACUCGUCACUAAGCUCGGUCAUUCACAUAGCUCAGCUGUGGUUCUACGGCAGAAUCACCAGAGAGGAGUCCCAUCGCAUCAUCCACCAGCAGGGCCAGGUGGACGGGUUGUUUCUGCUGAGAGUCAGUCAGAGUAACCCCAAGGCUUAUGUUCUCACGUUGUGCCAUCACCAGAAAAUCAAACAUUUUCAGAUACUACCGUGUGAAGAGGACGGCCAGGUCUUCUUCAGCCUCGACGAUGGUGUAACCAAAUUCACCGACCUGAUUCAGCUGGUGGAGUUCUACCAGCUCAACAGAGGGGUCCUGCCUUGUAAACUCAAACACCCGUGCACCGUCGUGGCCUUAUGACGUCUUCGGACCGUCUGACCUCGUCUCCCCUCGGACACUUGACCUGACUCUGCCUGAAACAAACACAACGGGGGACGCACUCUGUUUGUUUUGCUCUUUCCAAGAAGCUGGUGAAUUGACUGAUGUUUGAUUGUUGUCUUUUUUAUUUUAUUUUAUUUUAUUUUAUUUUAUUUUAUUUUAUUUUAUUUUAUUUUAUUUUAUUUUACCGUGAGUCUUUUGGAGACUGCUGCCCGGUUGGAUUUGUUGUGAUUUGCAUGGAGGUUUUGAGGAAACUGAUGCACAACUUGCUCGGGGAAGCUCUUUCCAUUACAGAGACGAUGAACGAAACAAACACUGCCACGUGUCUGAACGCUGUUUGCAAAUUCCUCCACGACACCUUCUGUCACCGAUAAUGGCACGAUGGGACCUCGAGGCUUUUGGAGUCUCGCAAAGACUUUAUUCCUCCUCAAGCGGACAAUCGGCAGGACGGUUGAAUCUUUCACGUGGACCUCUCCGAAAUCGUUUCUCACUCUGUAAAAGAAGAAAAUCAGUUUUAUUUUCUGUCGGUUCGCGCUCAACGAGGUGGGCGUGGCCUUGGAUGGUGUGCGACAGCUCUCCUGGUGCAUUACUUAACCCACACGGUGCCGUCACAUUUUACCAUUUAAAGCUUGCAUCUACACGUCCGGAAUUUACCAUGGAACAGAUUCAAAUGCAUCAGAAAGUCUUGAUUUGAGUUUAAAAGAAAGAAAAAAGUAACUUUUUUAAUGUUUUCACUCUAUUAGAUAUGAAUUCACUCAAGCUUUCUUUUCUCAACGAUGCAUUCGUUUAACUCUUCCUUUCUUUCAGUCUGAAUAUUUGCUACUUUCCUUUGUGACUCGCACAACAAAUCACUCGUUAUUCAUUAUAAUUCUCAUUAUUCUGUUUAACACUUCAUCUCCCUAAAGUGUGUUCCUGGCAACCCCU